CCUUCUUGAACACGCUCAGGCUGCUGACUACAAGCACAUGACCAGACGUGUUUACACCUGCAUUCAGAGACACAGGGCUGUGUCACCGACAGUGGUUUCUACUGUCUCACAGACAAAAGUACAGCUGGUCUGUUGCAUUUCGAGAAGUCUUACCCACCGGUCGUAAGUCUGUGUUGUUGCCUUUUAAGCUGUGACGCAUGUCAGCGUCAGCGCCACACUUCCUUAGCAUUUAGCAGUGGUUAGCUUUGGAUCCUAACGCAUCUGACAGCUGAGGUUUAGCUGCAGCAACAGAAACGACAACCGAGCAGGUUUGAAGGUUUGAGAGUCCUCUUGCACUGCUGUUCCCCAGAGGGAAAGCUUGACCCACAGACACCGGCUCCAAGGAGCCAACCAGAGGUCUGUCCGUCAUGGAUGGGACAGAUGUGGAACAAGUGACCCUGGCUCUCUUAGAUGCUGCCAAUGAUAAAGACGCAGACGUCCAGGAGCAGGUCAGGAAGUCCAUGUUGACCCUGGGAAAGCAGCAGCCGGAUCGUGUAUUAUCCAUGUGCCAGGACUACCUGCUGAAACACCCAAAGCUGCUUGUAAGCCACCGAGUUGUGAUUCUUCAGACUAUCGAGCUGGUUGCAGACUACAGGACAGAAGACAUCAGUUCACCCAGAAUCAAAAGCAUCAUCUCUUUAGCCUCAGAUGAGAUGACACGAACAAAAGAGGUUAUCCCUGACUGGCAGCAAGCAGCCAGUAAUAUCCUGGUUGCCGUGGGUAACAAGCACAUCAACGACGUCAUGGAGGAAAUAUUAAACAAGUUUCAACCAGGGGUCCUGCCUCACUUUUUUGUCGUCCAAACAUUGGCCAACCUUUCUGAUUCAAAUGUCUAUGGCAUGGUCCCUUUUUUGAAUGCCAUACUUGGCACCAUGUUGCCCAUGUUGUCCAUGGCCAAACAGGACAACAUGAAGUGGGUCUUCUCUUCUGCUCUACGUCAUUUCAGUGACAGUAUACUUGAAUACCUGGCCAAUCUGGACAAGGCACCGGAUCCUACAGUCAGGAAAGACACCUUCUCCGCUGAAAUCUAUGCCGCUUAUGAAAUCCUCUUUAAUAAUUGGUUACAAAGCAGAGAGUCCAAGUUAAGGCUAACAGUGGCUGAGGCCAUAGGCUCCAUGUGCCAUCUGAUGGCCGGGGAAAAACUGGAAGAGCAACUUCCAAAACUCAUUCCCGUCUUCCUGUCCCUUUACAAGAAAACCACUGAGCACUACAUCAUUAGCAAGAGUCUUUGCCAAGUGCUUGAUGCGUCUGUCAACAUGGGCAGCAGGAUAUUGGAGACACAACUGGACAAUCUGCUCUUAGCGCUGCAUCAACAGGCUUCUGCCCCCAUCGACUACAGUAACCCCCCCACUGUCAAGAACCACAACGAGGUCCUGCGCUGCUUCAGUUUACUCGCGAACUCCUUCCCGGACAAGUUGGUGAUGUUUGUACUUCAGAAGUUGGAGAACAGCAAUGAGCGGAGCCGGGCGGGCUCUCUGGCUGUCCUCCGCCAUCUCAUCAACUCCACCACUUCUACAAUGGAGAGUAAGAAGUUGUUGAUUCUUGCCAGCAUCAGACAACCAAUGGCCGACCACAGCAACAAGGUGAAGAAGCGUGUUGUCCAGGUGAUCAGUGCCAUGGCUCACCAUGGUUAUCUAGAGUUGGAAGGAGGGGAGUUGCUCGUUCGGUUCAUAGUUCAACACUGUGCCUUACCUGACACAUACCAGCGUGAGGACAGGCCCACGGAUCCAGAGGAGGUGACGAAUGAGGCUCUGAGGUCGAUGUGCGACAGCACCCUGCAUCUGUUGACUACCACCGUUGGACGUCUAGCUGAUGUGCUGUGGCCUAAGCUGCUGCACUACCUGACCCCACCUCAGUACAGUAACGCCACCACUCCUCUGUGUAAGAGUCUGAUAGUUCUGGGCAACAAGAAGAAACAAAACCAGGAGCCCAGCUUCACCAUAGACUUCACCAAAGAAGUCAAUCUGCCCUCUCCUCAGACACUAAUGAUCAGACUGUUGGUAAACGCAGCGUUUCCAUUCGGUAGCAGAGGUCACGGAGUGCCGUCGCUCUCUCUUCUCCAAAUACUAAGCACUAACAUUCACCCGAAUACAGACAUACUGUGGGAGAAAGAGAUCCCACCUCUGAUCAGUGUACUUGAAGAGUCAACGCCGCAGACCUUGAUUAAGAAUCUUUGGGAUGAGAAGCUCCUCAAGUUCUUGUCUAAAACCCUGGCAACGAUCGAUAAUGACAAGUGGGUUUGUCGGUUGGCAGCAGAGGCAACACAGUAUCUCUCCACAUACAAUAACGCCUUAGAGGAGAAGAGUUUCCUGUACCGCUGUAUAGGAGUGACACUACAGCAGUGUUUUAAUAAGGAGGUGGUGAAAAAACAGCUGCAGGAAGUCCUGCUCAGUGCCCGACAUAAUGAUGCGGUGGAAAGAGAGGGAGUUGCUAUGGGCGUGGGUCUGUGUGCUAACAGCCACCUGGAGGGAACCCUGGCGAAGUUGGACGAGUUUGGCAAAUCGGACGCCUUCAAGAAGUCACCAAGCAUUUUCAACCUGCUCAAAGAGCGUAACGAGGUCGAGGUGGAGAAAGUGAAGAGCACAUUAAUUCUGUGCUAUGGUCAGGUGGCUCUGAAUGCCCCCCAGGAUAAGAUACUGAACCGCAUUGAUCAAGACAUUCUCCGCUGCAUCAGCAAACACUUCAAUACCAAGGUUCUGGGGAUAAAAGUAGAGACAAAGGACCUGACUAUGAAACUCAGUUUGAUUCAGAGUGUUGGCCUGAUUGCCAAAGCCAUCAGUGAGUGCGUGAAGAAACAAGGUUACGUUUUCUCCCGAAAACAAGAGCUUAUCAACCUCAUGAUGGAUUUCAUUAAAGCUGAACCAGCUGAUUCACUACGAUCUCCAGUACGCCACCUUGUGAUGACCACUUGUGCCAAUUUAAUACAUCUGGAGCCUGCACUGAGUGAGAACGAAAGCUUUGACCUAUUAAAGGUGUGUGUGAACAGUGUGUUCUCGCUGCCGCCCGACACACACACUCCGGAGAAAACCAAAGAAGAUGACGUACUAGACCCUAAGAAGAGAAAGUUAUUGUACAGCGACACCAUGGCUGCACUGCAGGAGCUCCUGAAGAGUGUCCUGGCCAAAGACUCCACACCUGAUGGUCUGCAGAAUGUUUUCAAGCACAUUGAGUCGUGGUUGAGCUCAGGAAAGGAGCACGAGAGAGAGCGAGCCAUCAGUGUGACUGCUCACAUACUGUGGUUCUACCUGGACAACCUGACUGUUAAGAACAUGGUGUCCUUCCACAACUUAGGAGCUCUGCUGGGUCGAAUCUCUCCCCGAUGUUCUGACCCGAACCCCGCUGUAGGCACUGCUGCUAUUGACUGUGUAUUCACCCUGCUUUAUAUACAGCUACGAUACGAAGGUUUUGCACUGGAUUAUAAGGACGAGUACGUUGAGAGUUUACUACUAUUAAAAGACAAGCUGGAAAACCCUGAUCACUCGGUUCUCUACACCACAUGCUCAGAUCUCACCAAGGUGAUGAGUAAACGUCUGCCUCAGCAGCAGCUGACGACGUUGGUCUUCAUGUUGUUUGAGGGGCUGAUCGACAGUCAGACCAACUGCUGCAGAUCUUCCUCUGUCAUUCUAAACACCAUGCUGAAGAGCAGAGGAGCCGGCCUGCAGGAACUGGUACCAGAGAUGCUGGAGGUUCUUCACGUGCGUCUUCAGAACGUCACAGACGAGCAGGUGAGAGUGGCCGUCGGACAGACUGUGUUAAUUCUGGCGUCUCAGCAUCUACAGACUGUCAUCAAUACACUCGUUAACCAACCACUUCCUUAUGACAACUGGAUCGGUGAGAUGUGGAUGGCCCUGGGCUCGGAUCCCAUAGUGGCCAAUCAGAUCAUAGAGAUGGUGAUGGAGAAACUUACCAUCAUGGCACCUUAUGUAGACAAGAAGGAGAACAUGCUCAGAGGAGGGACGACAAAGGUGGCCACAAAUAUACCACUGGCUAUGACGUGCGGACUCAAAGAGCUGUUGUUAAACGGUCAGAGUCAGGACCCGGCCAUGGGUUUGUUUCCUCAGCUCUUCUCCUGUCUCAUCAUCAGAGUGGGAGCCAGUGUGGGAGUCUCUGCACCCAGAGACAACAACAACAAACACACCACUAUCCAUGUAGCAGGAGUGGCAGCUGAUGCUCUCAGAAUCCUGUUAGCACGAGCCCAGUUGGACGAAGUCAUCAAACGUAUGGACGAAGAUAACGCCUGGGACGCAAUGAGAGAACCCAACGCACAUGUUAGUGGGAUUACGCUACUAGCAAGGGCAGUGGCUAAACAUGCGGGUCCCAGGUUGCCUGCCAUGGUGGAGUGUCUGUGUCCCUCCUUGAACAACAUCUAUGAAUGUCAGAGAAUAACUGUAACUGCGUUUUUCUCUGAGCUUUUGAACCAUCACGUGGUGACGGAGCUGAUGCUGAUCGACGUUCUAAUGAACAACAUGAUGGAGAGGAUUUCAGAUCCCAGCUGCACCGUCCGCAUGUUGGCUGUUCGAGGGCUGGGAAAUAUCGCAUCGGGAUCUCCUGAAAAGGUGAAUAAAUAUGCAAAGGAGCUUCUGGCGGCCAUGAGUUCAGGCAUGGAGGAGAGGGACGAUCCAGGUAAACUGAUUACACUUGAAGCCAUGUCCGGUCUGUCCAAAGUUCUCUUCUACCUGGACAAGAAGAACGUCCAUCUACUGGUUGUUUACAUCUUUAUGAAGAUUAAACCAUUCUUGGAAAGUGACAACGAUGAGAUCCGCUGUGCUUCCAUCCACCUGAUGGGAAACCUGUCUAAGUUUGGUUCAGGAGAACAAGUCUUCAAAGACCAGAUCCACAAUGUUCUGGUCAGUCUGCUGCUCCACCUGGUGGACCCCAACCCCCAUGUGGUUAAGGCUUGCAAGUACGCGAUGCGCGUCUGUGCUCCUGUGGUGGGAUCAGAGCAGAUCACCACCAUGUUUCAGACCCACCUGCACGACGACAAGAGUUUACACUACGGAGAAUUCAUCAAUGAUCUCACCAAGUACCUGAUCCAGGACUUUCCCAGCAUGUUGAACUUCUACCACAUCUCAGUCAUUCAGUUCUUUAAGAGCAACUGGCCUGGAGUCAGAGCAGGAGCUGCCAUGUUUAUAGGGUUUCUGCUGGGGAACCUUCCAGAGGAGCAUUUCUCACAUCUGAACAUGGGCACGGUGACUAAAGGUCUAGUCAUGUUGCUGCAGGAUCCUGAUCCAGUGGUGAGACGAAAAGCUGCUGAGGCCAUGGGACGGUUCCACUGAAACACACACACACACACACACACACACAAACAUUCAACAAUAUACACACAUUUCCUGUUCCUUUCCGAUUUCCUUUAGUCCAGGUCAGUAUUUUGACCUUGUUUUUACAUGAAUAUCUCAACAUUUGAAUGUGACUGAAUGUGUAAAUAAUCAAUAAUUCCCAAUAUGAUACUCUUCCAAACCAAACCAUAAAAAAAAAAAA